CCCCUUUGCACUCGGCCUGGACACCAGUUCCUCUUCCCUCCGAGUCGAGGGGUGCAGAGCCUGAGGGGUGUGCCAGGGACCACAACGGAUCCACGGAGGGUGCCGGCCGCUCUGGCCCCUACGUCCAGGUGAGAGCCCUCCCUCACCGCCGAGAGAGGAGACUUGGCAGGUCGCUUGAAUGGGGGGCGCCCUGGUGUGGGUGCUGUUGCCGCUGGUGCUACAGGAUGCAGCGACCCAGGAAUAUUCAUGCCCAGUGUUCUCGGGGAACGUGGACUGGACCAAGGAGUUCCGGGACACGUGCUUGAAUUUCAGUAACAAGGGCCUGAGCCUGCCCUGGAACCAGUCUCUGCGGGCCAGCGGAGUGAGUGUCCUGGACCUAUCCGCAAACAGCCUACGUGAGCUCCCACCAGUCUUCUUUGAGAACCUGGGGACGCUGAAGAUUCUGGACGUCACAGGCAACUUGCUGGACCGUGUGGACGGGACGCUGGCUGCACGCUGUGACCUGAACCUGAAAGCUGACUGUGGCUGUAGGCUGGAGGUGUGGCACCAGGUCCGGCGUGACAACUGCUCUGACCAGCUGCCCAUGCAGUGCCUGGAUGUGUCCAUGGGUGCCUGGCGCAACCUCUCGGCCUUCCUGGAGGCCAGCUGUGCCUCUAGCCUGACCCCAAGCACCAUCGGGGGCCUGGCGGCUGGUGGAUGCCUACUCCUUGGGCUGGCUGUCGCUGGGUCUGUGCUGGCCUGGAGAAUCCGGAGGCACCAGAUGGCCAGUAGCCGUGGCCUGAGAAAAGCCAACGCUGCCAAGGAUAAUCCCAGGCCCAGCUUGGGCUGGCAGCCACGGUACAGCAGUCAGGGCCGCAACCCCCAGCCACCAGUGGUCACCCUGUCCAGCCCCCACUCUUCCGAUUACGAGAACAUGUUUGUGGGCCAGCAGGAUGCUGGGCCUGGCUUCCAGGAGCACCACUUGGCUGAACAUGGGGGUCACUCUCCAGAGGACGACUUCUACAUGAACUACGAGGGCAUCAGCCGGAACUCCCAGCCCGUCUACUGCAAUCUGGCAUCGCUGGGCCGGGACCGUCUGUAGGAAGAGAAGUGUGUUGUCCCCAGGCGCUGAGCCCGUGACAUCUGGACUUCCCCCUGCCCUGCCUGGUCUCUGCUGGGUGACUCAGAGAGUUCCGGCUCUUCUCUGGCCUCAGUUUUCCCAUCUAAGGAUUGGGGACAUGGAAGGACUGCCCUUAAGGCCCCAGAGAGGCUCUGCAGCCUCCUCUCCAGGCUCCUCUCUGCUCCUUGGCCCUCUCGGCUGCUAGGUCAGAAGGGGAAGGGGGAGACCCCGGCGAGGGGACUGGAGGGAUGACAUGUGAACCUAGCCGUCACCCUCCUGUCUGCGUGCAGGCGACACUCAAUAAACAUUGUAGGGUGGAUGAGAA